AUGGCUUCUCCGGCGCCUUCACCACGACCACCACUACCAGCACAACUUUCAGACAAAGAGCCUCAGCCUGCGGUGUUCCCGAUCCUGCAAUUACCACCUGAGAUCCUCCUGUGUGUGAUCAAGAGCGUCGACGUCGGCACUCGCGCCAGUUCGCCCACCUUCCCUUGCGGACCUUCUCGAGAGCUUCUUUCUCUCUCCGAAACUUCAACUUACCUCCAUACGUUGUGUCGACCUUUGAUCUGGCGAUCGGUCGACUGGGAACCCGAAUCGAUCCGCCCUCCGAGUCGACGACCUCGACAAGUGAUCGAAGACGGCGAAGCUGCUCGGGAAUACGCGGCUCGAGUGACCAAAUGGAAGGCACGAGGGAUGCGUUCCCUUUUGGAGUUGAUGCAAGAAGCGAAAGAGAGUACACGGGGUCCGAUCAAGAUCAAGGCUCUGAGUUAUACCGGUUACGACGACGGCGAAUUCGGGGACGACUCGAUCGCGGCUGAACCGGACGUGCAAGCGUUGUGCGAUAUCCUCAAUGACCAUGGUCGUCAGAUCCAAGUCAUAUUCCUCAAAUCCGUCGUUGUUAGCCAAGAGUUGGGCAGGUCGUUGAUUUUGGAUAUUUUGUACUUGCCCAAAUUGAGCGCGUUGAGGCUCAACUCGGUCACGAUCCAUAAUCAGAGCAGGGCACUGGAUUUCUUCGAUCAGAUGAUGGGACCUCUUCCGCCUCUCAGGACGUUGCAGAUUAUGCAUGGCAGUCCUAAGCUGGUGAGUUCCAAGCACCGUGAUUUAGGUGGCCUAACGGGAUCUCUCCCUGACCCCAGCUUGUUCUGUUCCAAUCAGCUGCAGCUGGUGGGCUGCAUGACCGAUCUCCACUCGUUGCUGUUAUGGCCCGGGUCGCGUCAAUUCGGCUCUCUCACUCCCUUCAUCGUUCGACUCUUGCCUCAAUUGCGACUCCUUUCGUUGGAUUCUGUCGGCGAGCCGGGCGUUUUCGAUGCGCUCGCUGAAGCUUUCAAGGUCGGUUCCUCACAAUGGAGGAUCAUCUUCUUCUUGGUCAGGAGAGCUGACUAGUUGCUGCCAUGCUUUGGGUUAUGUUGAUGGCUCACAGGACAUGUCGGAAUACCAAACGCUCCCGCUAGAAGAACUGUUCCUUGAGGGACGUCAAUCCUUGCCACGCCGACAAAUCCUGCUCGAAUCGCUCUCUCAUCUACCCAAACUUCAACGACUAGCCCUCUACCAUCUCCGCGAAGCGAAACCUCGAUUGAUCGCCGACAUCGCCCACUAUACACCCCAACUGCGGGCGUUAACCUUGAUUCAUGGGGACACGUCCUCUUCCGUGUACUGGCCAAGCGCGUUGCAGGACUACGUCGACGAGCUGAAGAAGCUGAAACGACUCGAAUUCUUCGCCUGGGAUCGUCGUUCGCCAUCCGUACCUCGCAUCGCACGAACUUCCGACGAAGGAGAAGAAGAGGAACGACCUAGUCAACUCCGACUCGAAUACUCGACGUUGCACAGUUUGGGUAAAGGGUUACCGACUUUGAAGGAGGCGGUCUGCGUAACGCAGGAUGUGAGUGAGGCGAGUAGUGGGUAUUUUGCGGAGUAUUCGAUCACGCCUCAAGGGGCUAGGAGGGUCGAUGUCAAGAAGAAGUCGGUCAGGGAUUUCUUGGUGGGCUUCGAGAGGUGGUGUGUCAUUGUGGAUGAGUAG